UCUCUUUCUCUCGGUAGUCGGUUGUGUAAAGAAUACAGAGGGAAUAGACUCACUGUCUGUUUCUCAUUCUCAAAUCGAAAAUCCAUCCCUCCUCCCUUACCACGUGUCUUCUGCCACCGCUCGCCACCAACUUCAGGCCACCCUGCCACCGUCGCCGCCAAUUUUCCGGGUUUCAUUCUCAUUCUCUUCGUCUCUCUCUCUCUCUCUAUCAAAUCAUUUCCCAUUUGUAACGAUUCCAAACUCAACCUAGUGGUUUAAGUUAUGGAGGAGCAAUUCAUACUUAGAGUUCCACCUAAUGUCGCGGAGCGGAUAGAGCGUCUUCUGAAUGAAAACAAUCCUUCUUCAUCUGAAGACAAGUCAUUAGAUUUGUCAUUUAAUGAGGAUGGAAGGAGCGGUACAUUUGCGAUCGAGGAUGAGCACUUCCCAGCUUCUUUAUUAGACCUUCCUUGUGUCGUUGAAUCAUACAAGACUUAUGAUGACAACUCUUUGAUUAAGAGUGCUGAUAUUGGUCAGAUGAUUAUGGUGAGGGAAUCUGGUGAUGCUGCUCCAGAUGAGAUUGAGUACAGGCAUGGCCUUACCCCUCCCAUGAGAGAUGCUCGCAAGCGUAGAUUCCGCAGAGAACCUGAUCUUAAUCCUGAGCUUGUAUCCCGUGUUGAGAAAGACCUUCUCAAAAUCAUGGCAGGAGGAACAGCUGACAGUUUUGAUAUCCUUUUGUCUUGUUUGUUUCAAAAAGCUUAUUAUUGAGCAUUCUAAGAUUAGAUACACAAAUGUAUGAUUCCACUUUAAGAUUUCUCUCUUUUAAAUUCAUGGUUGCUGACAAUUUUGAUAUCUUUUUGUCCUUUUUGUUUCAAACAUCUAUUUAUAGAACUUCCCGAAUCUUAGAUACAAAUUUAUGACUCCACUUCAAAAAAUUUCUCUUAGAAAUUCAUGGUUGAUGAGAUCAUUGUCGUUGCUUACUCUUUUGCCCCUUUUAACACAUUAGCUUUUCUCUCCUUUGCAUUGGGUUCAUGGGAUAAACCAGAAUAGUAUUUUGCAUCAAUGGCAAAAUGAAGUUUUAGUCUGUUUUAUGUGCAUGUGGCACAUACACUCUAGAGCAUGUUAUCUCAAAAGAUGCACAUUUUAGUUUGUGAUUUAACAUGAUUUUCUGACUUAGAUGUGGUUUCCAUAAGUGAAACCGAGCACAUACUUUGUUGAUUUAUUGAUAGUGUAAAAAAGCUUAACUUUGGAUAUUUCCUUGACCGAGACUCACAUGUGGUAGCAGCUGAGCAAGAAGGGGAUGAGAAUGUGCGAGGUGCUAAUAAAAAAACUGCACCUACACCUGAACCAAAGCAUGAUGCUCCGGAGACUCUUACAAAUGCAGGGGAUCCUGAUAGGAGUGACUCUGAUGAAUCUGAUGACUCAGUUUGACCGAAAUUAGCAAUCAAUGAGUGUUUGUAUCAGUGAGGGAAGCCUGAAUUGUAUAAUUAUUUAUGGUAAAUUUCAAUCCCAUCUACAAUGUUUAAAUCGGCUAUGAUGUUGAAUUUUCUAUCCAUCUUGUGUAUUUUCUUACUCGCUAACUGAUUUGUUGUAUUACACCGAUUGUUGUACAUUAAACUACCGCAUUUUAGUUUGCGGUAUGUUGUGCUUUCGUACACACUACAAACUAGAAUGCAGUGCUUCAAUAAAACUUCACUAAGUUUGUGGCUGUUA